AUGACUACGGCCAUCCAGCGCAUUGCACAGUUUGGACGCUCCCAAGUUCAUCUACAUGAUUGCCUUGAAUACGCGGAUAUCCCACAGCAGGUGCGUUUUCGACCUAUACAAGGUUUCCUUGGUUGGAGGCCGAUUCUCCCUGUGCCACAACCUGCUGUUGAGCUCAAUGAUGGUGCCUCAGUUGUUUUGCAUGUUCGGCAACACACAGAGAUUGAUGAUUCACAGGACACAUCUCUGCUAGAUGCGCUCUGGGAGGGGGAUGAAGAUGUCGCGUCAUUUCUGGCGCACCAACCAGUACAUCAACUUCCCUUACAGCAGCCUGCACUAGUUGAUGACCCCAACAUUGCCACUGAUGAACAACAGGACUUUGUCACUGAUGAUGAUUUGAGUUCAUCGGUGACCACCUAUGACAGUGAUGAGCCGUCCAGCUUCUUUCACAUCUUCAUGGUCAAAGCUCCUAUGGUGACUGCACGUGUUCGAACUGAUUCAUGGCCGGCGAUUUACAGCAAUAUCCGGUCUGUUCUUGGUCUCCAACGUCAUGAUGUUCAACGCAUCUACGUCAUGCGGUAUCGACCUUCAGACCUCUAUGCGGCGGACACUCAAGUUGCGUUGGUCCAGCGGGCUGAUGAUCUCCAGCCUGGUGACCUGCGACGUUUGACUCUGAUUGAUGUUGUUUUCCAUGAAGCCAUUGCGGCCAACACAAACACCCAUCGUUAUGCCACUCUCAUGCGCAAAGACAUGACGAGAAGGGUCCUUCUUGAAGAGCUUGGCCUUCAUCCAUAUUGUAAGCUCACGAAACAGCAAUGCAUCGUGAGACACAAUGGCCACCUUAUCUCACUAUCCAAUCAUGUUCCCUUUGAUGUGUAUCAUGGAGAUUACUUCCGCAUUGAUGUGCCUCCCUACAAGCGGCAAGAUCUCCCUACAAGAGCUGUAGCACGUUGCCUCAGAGAUGGUUUGACGCUGCGUGAUGCUAGGAGGCUCUUUGAUCAAGGAGACACUGACUUUGAAUGGGAAACGGUGACAGCAGAUGAAGCAGAAGAGGAUGACCAACCUGAGAUGUCCUACACUUCCGUGGUUUCUGGUGUAGUUGACUCUAUUGAACUUGGAGGGCUCCGACCUGAUCACUAUGUUGUGAUGUGCCGACUGACGUUUCAGAUGCAAAUUGCCAGUGCCUCCAAUGCUCCUGGCAAACGGCGUGCUUCAUUGUCGAGUAUGCGGCUUCAAAAUCAACUACAUGACCAUGAUGCUAGAGUUUUCCUAUAUGACCAUAUCUACAAUCCACCGUGGUAUCAAGAUCCUCAUUCAUCAGCGGACUUCCUUGCCCAUCAAACCAAACAAGCCUUGAGCGAGCUCCUGCCCAAGACCCACAAAUGGCGACGAAAGCAACACGUCGGCCAAUCUACGUGGGAAUUAGUUGAUGAAAAGAAGAUGCUUUUCCGGCAGUUGAAGCAGAUGCGCAAGAUUGACAAUCAGACGAAGUUGCAAGUUCUUUUCAAGGCCUGGAGAACAAUUCGAUCUCCUUCCCUCAUUGACGACCCUUGUCUUCUUCGAGGUUGGGUUCCAUUGAUGGACAAGGCCAUUGCCAUCACGCAGCAGAAGCUGCGCAAUGUGGCAAUUCGUGUUCGCGAUGCAAUACGGCAAGCUGAUUUCCAUGCCAUGGUGGACUUGAUGCUUCGAGACUUCUCACAUUUGGCUGUGCGAGUCCUUUCCAUUGACACUGCAGUAGACCCUUCCCUCAACGUGCACUGCGAGCGCCUUUGGGGAUUUUUGAUGCAGAUUGGACGCGCUGGUCGCAUAUUAGGUCUUCUUCAAGGGCCUCCGUGCGAGACGUGGACAGCGGCUCGACACCACCAGCAGUUUGACAUCGAUGGAAAUGCGGUGAGAGGCCCUCGGCCCUUGCGCACUACCGAUGAUCUCUGGGGGAUUGCAUUACUUUCUUGUCGAGAACUUGCCCAGGUCUACACUGGCAAUGUCCUCCUCCUGAAGGGGCUCCUCCCGGCGGUGGUGGUGGCGCUGCAUGGUGGUGCGACCAUUUUGGAGCAUCCCGCGAUGCCCUUUGCGGACGAGAUCUCUAGCAUCUGGCGUCUUGGUCUUCUACGACUUCUGAUGCGUGGCCCGUCAGGACCCUUCCGACGCAUUACUGCUGAGCAGUGGCGAUUAGGAAGUUGUGGAGUCAAACCCACCACCUUCAAAUAUUCCAAUUGUGAUUUGCCUGCCGCCAUCCAUGCAUGUCAAGAUCCUAAUGCCAAACGACCUACACAGGUACUGUUGGGCAAGAAUAAAGAUGGCACCUUUAGGACAUCGCAGGCGAAAGAGUAUCCACCACUUUUGAAUAGGGCUUUUGCUAUGGCCAUUGGACGAGCUAUGCGGCGCUGGUCAUUGGCCUCAGGCUGCCCGCAGACCGAACCAUACGGUCUCAAAUUAGAGCAAACAGCCAUCUGUACGGAGUAUGAUGAUUCGGCACUGGUGGAGUCCAUGGAUAGUGUGACCUUCGACGUCGAGCUUUUCUGUGAGGAUGCUGAUGCUUCUGAAGGGGUUCUGCCUAUCGAGUGCUGUGUGUGCUGCGAACGUUUUGGGCAUGAGAAGACCAUCAAAAGGACGCCAUGCAAACAUGUUUUUCACCAGGACUGUUUGUCAAGGUGGCUGUCAGUCACAGAUUCCUGUCCUGUUUGCCGAAAGGAGCUCAGAAAGGUAGAUUCACCAGAAGAUCCCGAAGCUGGACAAGCUGA